CUCUUUUAAAAAAUUAUGGCUCCUGCUGUCGAAACUACAACAAUUUUCAAGGAUAACAUCUUUGCAGGCAAAGUUUUAUUCUGCUCUGGCGGUGGUAGUGGUAUCUGCCGUGGUAUGACUGAGGCUGUGGUUCGCCAUGGUGCCAAAGCUGUCAUCUUUUCCAGAAGUAAGGAUAAGUUGGAGAAAGCAGCUAAGGAAAUGAGUCUUAAGACCGGUGGUGAAGUCUUCGCUGUUGCUGGUGACGUUCGUAACCCUGCUGACGUUGAGAACGCCAUCAAGAUUACAGUAGAGAAAUUCGGUCGUCUUGAUUUCUUGAUCAAUGGUGCCGCCGGUAACUUUUUGUCUUCCUUUGAUCACUUAUCCUACAAUGCGUUCAAGACUGUAAUUGAGAUUGAUUUGCUCGGUACUUUCAAUUUGACCAAGGCCGCUGUGGAACAUUUGAAGGCUUCCAAGGGUGCCGUCAUUAACGUCACAGCUACCUUGCAUUAUACAGGUACUCCCUUCCAACAGCAUGCUGGUGCUGCCAAAGCAGCUGUCGAUGCUUUGACAAAGCAUUGGGCUGUAGAGUUGGGUCCUCAUGGUAUUCGCGUCAAUGGUAUCGCUCCUGGACCUAUUGCUUCUACUGUCGGUAUGGAAAAACUUGGUCCUGCUUUUGAUGUCACUGGUGUUCCUAUUCAACGUAUGGGAGAAGUUCAAGAUAUCGCACAAAGCACCGUCUUCCUUUUCUCGGAAGGCGCUAGUUACAUCUCCGGAGCUAUUUUGGUUGUGGAUGGAGCUGCUUGGAUGAACCCUAGUUACCUUAACUAUCCCGAACUUGUUUUAUCCCCUCCCGACUUUAAACUUUAAAAUAUCAUAAAAAGAUUAUUUUAUUUAUUUAUACUACAUCUUGUCCUUGA